AUAAGAAACUCACUCCUCUUAGUCCUCAGUGGAAAAAUGGGUUUCUUUUUUGUUUACAUUAGCUUCUUGGCCUAUGCCUUAGUCAAUGUGCCAGUUUCUAUUAUCACUAUUCUGAUGAAUGUAUUUUUUGUGUACUGUAUGUUUUCUUCAGAGAAAGGACAAGCAAACAAUGUAAAACCGCCGCUGAAUGUUUUGCUGUGGUCCCUUAUUGGAUGCAGUCUUCUUCAUAACAUUUUCAACCUUUUAUUUGUUUUGUAUGAAUUAGUUUACCCACCUGUCUGGCUGUACAUUAUUUCGGGUGCUACUAUACUUUUCGCCAUAAGGACAAGUUUUACUGCAUGCCUCGGUCUGCAAGUUUGUUACUUCUUGCAGAUUGUUCCAGUCCGAUGGCCUUGCUUUAUCUGGAUGAAGAAGCACAUCAAACUCUUCAUGUACGUCUUGUUGUUUCUUGACAGACUCUACUUUCUGUCUCAAUAUGUCAUACGUGUUUUUCUUGAGAUUCGGAGGGUAGUGAUGUCCUUUAAUUCAUCCAGCGUUUAUGACAACACCACCAGCCAGUCAGCAGAUUUCGGAUACUACAUGUUUAUCGCAGACUUUUGGCUGAAAUUUUGCUAUUUUUUCAUUUGUCUUGGCAUUAUGCUGACGUCAGGCAUCACGACUGUCGUCUACUUGUGGAAGCACAUGAAGAGAAUGAAGGAGAACACCAGCUCUUUAUCUGCUCUUUGUAAAAGGCAGCAGAUGAGAGUGACCAUCAUGGGCAUCAUUCAGACGGUCCUCUUCUUCUUUGCUUCAGGGUGGCUCAUGACUGAAGAGUUCAUUUUUUGUUAUAUUGGUGGUUUUGAUGUGGGCUCCCGUUUGGCUUCCACUGUAAUGGCACUGUAUUCUUUUGGAACGACCUUACUUUUAGGAAUUGGUCAGUCCAAAUUCCGACUUCUGGCUAAGGAUAUCGGCAAAAAGACAAGAAAACCAAAAUCCUAA